AUGGCAUGGUGGCAAAAAUUAAUAGUUGUCCUCGCCGUCGCCGUGGCCUGCGCCGCUGCUGACGUUUCCCACGUCGUCAGAUCUGACGAAUCUCAAGCCCCUAUCGUAAGAUCCAAUUACGAAAUCCAUCCCGAGGGUCACUUCGAGUACGCUCAAGAAACCGGCAAUGGCAUCGUCUCCCAAGCUCAGGGUGUCGUGAAGAACCCAAACUCUGAAAACGCCGCUCUUGAAGUUAAGGGUUCCGUCCGAUACAACGCCCCUGAUGGCACUCCCGUCAACUUAGAGUACAUCUCCGACGAAAAUGGAUACAGGCCCACUGGCAGCCACAUUCCCGUCUCGCCACCAAUCCCAGAGCUGAUCCUCCGCAGUCUCCAAUACAUCGCCGACCACCCAGCCCCAGUCGUCACCAGGAAAACCGUUUAA